AGUACUGUCUUAAUUCUCGGCCCGCCCUCCCUCUCCUCCGGUUGUCAAUGGCAGAACUCUGCAGGAUGUCAUUAAUGUUGCAGGUUGCUCUGUUUACAGUUAGUCUCAGCAUUUCCAACGCACUCUAUUUUCACAUUGGGGAAACUGAAAAGAAAUGCUUCAUAGAAGAAAUUCCAGACGAAACAAUGGUAAUAGGAAAAUAUCGGACUCAGCUGUGGGAUAAACAGAGCUCUGCUUUCUUACCAUCUACACCGGGAUUGGGAAUGCAUGUGGAAGUGAAAGAUCCAGAUUCCAAGGUAGUCCUGUCAAGACAGUAUGGAUCAGAGGGCAGAUUUACUUUCACCUCACAUACCCCAGGAGAACAUCAAAUCUGUCUGCACUCUAAUUCCACAAGAAUGACACUGUUUGCUGGGGGAAAGCUGAGAGUUCAUCUGGAUAUUCAAGUUGGUGAACACACCAACGACUACCCCGAGAUUGCAGCCAAAGACAAGCUCACGGAGCUUCAGCUUCGAGUCCGGCAGCUCUUGGAUCAGGUGGAGCAAAUACAGAAGGAGCAGAAUUACCAGAGGUACCGAGAGGAGCGCUUCAGGAUGACCAGCGAAAGUACGAACCAGAGAGUUUUAUGGUGGUCGAUUGCUCAGACAAUUAUCCUUAUCAUCACUGGAAUCUGGCAGAUGAGACAUCUGAAGAGCUUUUUUGAGGCAAAGAAGUUGGUCUGAGUUAGAGCUCUGCCAUUUCAACAUCCUUUACUUGAAGGAGUUCUCAUUGACAUUUAUUAUAAAAUGAGAUUUGCAGAAAAUCAAGUUAUCUUUUUUUUUUUCUCUUGACAAUAAAAUGUUGCACUGGGAUAAAGUGGGUUGGGGAAAUUGGGUUGUGUGGUGUGUCACUGAAGUACUUUUUGACAUGAACUGAAAAAUCUUUCCUUCUGGCGUAAUGUGCAAGAGGGAUUCUACAACAGUGCCAUCUUGCUCUGGUCCUACACCACUGCAGUCAUCCAGAUGCAAGUAGGAGAAGAAUGCACUCAGACUCUAGCCGUCAAUUAGAGAACCCUGGGAACUUGUGGCUCGAUGCACCUUUCUAAUCUCUUCAUUCAUUUUAAAUUAAGUCUCUAGGCUGCUGUAAAACUGUUUGUUGUAAGUUAGGAUAAUGUCUGAAAAUUGGGAAUAGUGGGAAAGCUGCUAAUGGACCACCUCAACAAAUUUAUAUUGUUCCAUGCAUAUUUUUUGUUCACAAUUGCACAAAUAUGUGUACUUUAAUCUAAUAGAUACUCAAUUUUCAGUGUUCAUUUCCCUAUUAAAUCUGUGUAUUUCUACGGGAAAAUGACUUUAUUUUAAAACUUUUUUUUUUCCUCACAAAGACAGGGAUUAUAUGGUAUUAGUUUGGCGUAUCUGCUAUUUUAAAGCCGGGUGUGGUGAAAGUGUAGUAGGGUAUAAGUUACUGUGUACUGAUUAAUAUUUGGCACAUCUCAAGUGAGCCCCGGUGACUUGAAUGAAGCUUUGACAUCCUCUUUUUAUGUCAGAAGUACAAUAUUGUUAACGUCUUUCUUUUUUGUCGUGGAAAGCUAAGGUGACUAAGGAGGUUUAAAAUGGGAUCUGUAGUGUUUAAUGUUCACAUUAAUUUAAGGAACUCUAAAGCUUGAAUUUGUAGCGGUGUGUGUGUUUUUUGUUUUGUUUUUUUUUUAAGUUGACUAAAGCCUUUUCUUUAAAUUACUAAAUCACAUUGCCAUUUUAUUUGAUGGUAGAUUUCUUACCACCAUACAUUUAUGUAAAAUCUUAAAUACAGUAGCUGGUAUCCUAGCUGUAAAAGAUUAGAAAAUAAUUGCAGGUAACUGUUUUCACUGAGGAGGCAUUUUAAUUUUACUUAUGGAUGCAUUUAUCAGUUUUACAAAAGAUUAUACCAAGCUGUUAUUUUU